CGUACUUUCAGCAUAGUAGAGCAAAUUCUUUAACGAGUAAAAUAGAACAGUACGAAUCAAGAUGUACGCACAAAAUUUGUUGAUGGUCAUCGUCGUGGCGAUGGCCGUAGUGGUUAUCGCGGGUGUAGAAUCAGAAUACGUUCCAAGAGCUCAUUUGGAAGAAUAUGCUGCCAAAUCUCACAAUUUAACCAUUGGAUAUAGAAAACCAGGAGACAGGAAAGUCCACACUCAAAACAUUGUAAAGAAAUCUUCAUGGAUGCGAAUCGUGACUGCUGAAGUAACCAUUAACACCACUGCUAUCAUCAAUAUGGUCGGUGUUUAUGAUCAAAAGACUGAUGGUACAGGAGCUUACCCUUCUGUAUUGAAAGGAGGUCCAGGAAACAGAAACGUCACUCUUCGUUUUAAGAGUCAAAGAGGUCACGGCAUCAACUUCGUUGUUGAAGUUUAUGCACGCUAAUAUAAAGGACAGAAUAUUGCAGCUGAACCCGUAAAAUUAUUUAUAAUAUUAUUACAACAAUGUUGCGUUCCAAUCAUAAUAUUUCUUUCGCCAAUGUAUCAACAAAUAUAACGAGUAAAUAAUUUCUCUGUUAAUUAUAUUACAUCAUUGUCAAAAUUGUUUGUUUUCGACCGCGUGAUUGGAAAUAAAAUAAAACACGAACAAGAACACGUGGCUCUGAUUAUCCUAGAAUUUAAAUUGGAAAUAAACACCGAUGUUGCUUUUGA